ACAGGUUAUUUUCCCCACCGCACCCAUCUCCAAGCACGAGCCUCCCCCAACCCCGACCGCUGCAUCUCCUAGCACUAGCAGGCCCCAUCGCCGCCGCCGCCGCCGCCGCCGGUCCUCGCCGAGGAGAAGGCGCGAGGUCGAUCUCCGCGAGGACUUCCUCUCCCGCAGUCCUCCCUUGCAUCUGGAUCAGCAGCUUGAACUAGAGUGAGCUGAUGGAAGCUGAAAGAAGCCAGCUAAGUCCAAUAGACCCAAGAAGAGCUCGGUUUCCUUGUUGCAUAGUGUGGACUCCCAUACCUUUCAUCACAUGGCUGGUGCCAUUUAUCGGUCACAUUGGCAUUUGCAGAGAAGAUGGUGUAACCUUGGACUUUGCCGGUCCAAAUUUCGUGUCAGUUGACAACUUUGCCUUUGGAGCUGUUACACGCUACAUCCAAUUAAAUGGCGAUGAGUGCUAUAAGCUUCUCGGCACCGGCGCAGAGGCGACAUGGGAUGGUGCUCUGAGGAAAGGUGUGCAGGAGUUCCAGAACAGGAACUACAACCUGUUCACCUGCAACUGCCACUCCUUCGUUGCCAACAACUUGAACCGGCUCUUCUAUGCCGGCCAUGACAAGUGGAACGUGGUGAGCCUAGCCGCGGUGAUGUUCCUACGGGGCCGCUGGGUGAGCGUGGGGGCCGCGGCAAAGACCCUGGCACCGUUCGUUGUGGUGCUCACGGUCGGGGUUCUCUUCGGUGGCAUGACGUUCUUGGUGGGCCUCCUCGCCUUCGCUGCCGCCAUGACCGGGUGGUUCCUCGUGGGCACCUACUGCAUCAAGGGCCUUGUAGAGCUGUAGCUGCAGUACACCGGGCUUGAGUUUGGAUUGGGGACUUGGGGGGGUCUUGUGAUUCAUAGAUGUGGUUUUCCUUGUGCCUUCUUGUAACCUUCUCUUUAACUUGUGCAUCUUCUCGUAACAUUGUACAUCUAACAUUAAAUGUGCUACAAUUAAUGUUGAUUCCAAAACUAAUUCAAUUAAUAUAAUUAAUGCUGUUUCCAAA